GGCCGGCUGGAGCGGCGCUGCAGCGGUCCGGCCUCGGCGGGCCAGACCCCCGGGGUUGCGCGAACGAUGCGCGGAGGAGUCAGGCGGCGGCGGCGGCGCUGAGCCAGGCAGAGCCAUGAGCCACCAGAUCCUGCUACUCCUGGCCAUGCUGACCCUGGGCCUGGCUAUCUCUCAGCGUCGAGAGCAAGUGCCCUGUAGGACGGUGAACAAGGAGGCCUUGUGCCACGGCCUUGGCCUGCUCCAGGUCCCCUCGGUGCUCUCACUGGACAUCCAAGCUCUCUACUUGUCCGGGAACCAACUGCAGAGCAUCCUGGUCUCCCCACUGGGCUUCUAUACAGCGCUUCGUCACCUGGAUUUAAGUGACAACCAGAUUAGCUUCCUCCAGGCUGGGGUCUUCCAGGCCCUGCCCUACCUGGAGCACCUUAACCUGGCCCACAAUCGGCUUGCCACAGGCAUGGCUCUCAACAGUGGUGGUCUGGGCCGCCUGCCCCUUUUGGUCUCCCUGGACCUGUCUGGGAACAGCCUGCAUGGCAAUCUGGUGGAGCGACUGUUGGGUGAGACCCCGAGGCUGCGUACGCUCUCACUGGCGGAGAACAGCCUCACUCGCCUGGCACGCCACACCUUCUGGGGUAUGCCAGCGGUGGAGCAAUUAGACCUCCACAGCAAUGUCCUCAUGGAUAUCGAGGACGGUGCCUUUGAGGCCCUGCCCCACCUGACUCACCUCAAUCUCUCCAGAAACUCCCUCACCUGCAUCUCAGACUUCAGCCUCCAGCAGCUGCAGGUACUAGACUUGAGCUGCAACAGCAUUGAGGCCUUCCAGACGGCCCCGGAACCACAGGCCCAGUUCCAGUUGGCCUGGCUCGACCUCCGGGAGAACAAGCUGCUCCACUUCCCUGACCUGGCCGUGUUCCCGAGACUCAUCUACCUGAAUGUGUCUAACAACCUCAUCCAGCUCCCUGCGGGGCUGCCCCGGGGCAGUGAGGACCUCCACGCACCCUCUGAAGGCUGGUCAGCCUCUCCACUGUCCAACCCCAGCCGGAAUGCCAGCACCCACCCUCUCUCCCAGCUCCUGAACCUGGAUCUGAGUUACAAUGAGAUCGAACUGGUCCCUGCUAGCUUUCUUGAACACCUGACCUCCCUGCGCUUCCUCAACCUCAGCAGAAACUGCCUGCGAUCCUUUGAGGCUCGACAAGUGGACUCCCUGCCCUGCCUGGUGCUUUUGGACUUGAGCCACAAUGUGCUGGAAGCAUUAGAACUGGGUACCAAAGUCCUAGGGUCCCUGCAGACGUUGCUUCUGCAGGACAAUGCCUUGCAAGAACUUCCACCCUAUACCUUUGCCAGCCUGGCCAGCCUGCAGAGGCUAAACCUACAGGGGAACCAGGUCAGUCCCUGUGGGGGGCCAGCAGAACCAGGUCCCCCGGGCUGUGUGGACUUCUCUGGGAUCCCCACCCUUCAUGUUCUUAACAUGGCAGGGAACUCGAUGGGAAUGCUCAGGGCGGGCAGCUUCCUUCACACCCCACUUACAGAGCUGGACCUCUCCACCAAUCCUGGUCUGGAUGUGGCCACGGGAGCCCUGGUGGGCCUGGAGGCAUCCUUAGAGGUACUGGAGCUUCAAGGCAACGGGCUGACUGUCUUGAGAGUGGACUUGCCCUGCUUUCUCCGUCUCAAGCGCCUUAACCUUGCUGAGAACCAGUUAAGCCACCUGCCCGCUUGGACGCGGGCUGUGUCCCUGGAGGUGCUAGAUCUGCGGAACAACAGCUUCAGCCUCCUGCCAGGCAAUGCCAUGGGUGGCCUGGAGACCAGUCUCCGGCGGCUGUACUUGCAGGGAAAUCCACUCAGCUGCUGUGGCAAUGGCUGGCUGGCGGCCCAGCUGCACCAGGGCAGAGUGGAUGUGGAUGCUACUCAGGACCUAAUCUGCCGCUUUGGCUCCCAGGAGGAGUUGUCCCUGAGCCUAGUGCGUCCAGAGGAUUGCGAGAAGGGAGGGCUGAAGAAUGUCAACCUCAUCCUCCUCCUCAGCUUCACACUGGUCUCUGCCAUCGUCCUCACCACGCUGGCCACCAUCUGCUUCCUCCGCCGGCAGAAGCUCAGCCAACAAUACAAAGCCUGACAGGCUCGGGAAGCCAGAGGGGCAGAGAAGUUGGGGUCCAACUCAGGUUACUCAGUGACCAGGGACUUGGUGUCCUGCACACUGCCGCGUGGGCAGGUUCCUUCCCAGGCUGCAUCUGUGGGCCAGCUGUGCAGCUCGAAGUGGGGCAGUUUACUGCACAGAGGAUGCCAACCGACAGCUCGACGCUGAGUAUCUGUUUCAGGCCACACCCGUCUCCGGGUACUAGUAAAUGAAACACAUGCCUAUCCUCAGGCAAGAGAGGCCGUCACUGAACCACACAGUGACCACAUAGGCUUGAGGUGGGGAAGCAGUAGGCUGGACAUGGAGAACCCACCCUGACUUAGAGCAGGAGAGCCAGCCCGUGAGAGGAUUUGUCUGAGUCCUUUCCACCCCGAGCUCUGUCGCAUCUGCUGAUAAUGACUUUCAGCCUCUCUGGAAAUGAAGAACUUGUGACCUGAAGAGAGAGCCAGAACCUCUCCCCAGAGGUCUUAAGUCUAGGCUCCUAGGCUAGGGGCUGCACCAGCUUAAAGUGUGAUCACCUAGGCUUCCACGCAGGCCUGGGCCGUCCUGUGUCCUGCUUUGGACAGGCCUUCUCUCCAGUGCACUCUUGUAUCACACACACACUGACCCUGGUGCUGCCUGUUCCCCAACCCCCUGCUCAGGCCUCCUUCUAUCCCAGCCCCACCCUGACUUUUGAGCCAAGAGGGAGAGCCUCAGCUAUCUGGUUCAGCUUAGCAGCUGCAGAGGCAAAGUCAAGCCAACUCUCAGAGGUUUCUGUGUUAUCUGGGUUAUACACAAGAAGAAAACAAAUUUCCUUAUGCAUUCUCCUUUGAGAGCCUCAUGGCUCAGAGAGCUGACGAAGCCAAAAUGAAUCAAGUCCAUGUCCUCCCAUCUCUGGGGCCAAAGCUUUGCCAGUGCGGUACCUGCAGGCUGUCAAGUGGACAGGAAGUGGCCCUGCCCUAACCAGGAUCCAAGCACACUUGCUACAUAUACCCCCUCCCUCUCAGACAGGCGCCCACAGACCCUCUGCCUCUCUGCCUCAGUGUCCCUUCUUUGCAGAAGAGUAUGAAUUCUUCCUUUCUCUUUCUGCUCCCCAAAAUCUCAUUGAGUGUAAUCUCCCCACUGAACAGAUAGGGAAAGUUAGGUGCAGGCCUUGCUCAGAAUCACGCAAGUCAAUGGAAGAAAACUGGGAACAAAAGUAGCUGGGCGGUUGCGCCAAGGCAGAGGGUUUGCUUUGUGUGCUCAAGGCCCUGAGCUGGAUGCCAGCGGCUGUACCCGUGUUUCCCUACGCUCAGCAGUCACAGCACGAGACAAGGCCAGCUACCAUGCCAGUCCUCACCAGGCAUGGAAAAAUAAUAGGGACACACACACACACACACACACACACACACACACACUGUCUCCACUCAUUCUCCAGGCUUGUGGGCUGCAGGGAGGAAGGGGAGUCCUGGACCCAGUCACAGAGCCUGCUGCAUCAGAUCCCUGUGCUCGGCCCACAGUCAGCCAGAGCUUCCGUAAUGUACAAGAAGACGAAAACGCCAUUCUCUCUACCCCACUCUACAGGUGAGGGGACUGAGGCCCAGAGAAGGUUAAAGGCUCCGAGGACCAAUAGGCAGAUCCAGACCUAGAACCUUCCCUCACUGGUGCUGCUGCGCACACAGCUCUUCUCCUCGGCCUGGAGGCCAAGGCGUGGUGGCCCCUGGGCCUGAACUCUGAAAACACUAAUCAAUGCUGCUCUCACCUCCCAGGACUGGCCUCUACCGGGCCCUGGGACCCGCUCUUUGUAUAACUCACAUGAAUGUAUUAAAGUAUAAUUUUGGAGAAA